AACCAAGCAGCAAAACCCAUAAAAGACCUUCACCCCUCCUCCUCCUCCUUACUCACCUCCCCCAUCAAGAAAGUAUUACAAAAAGCCCAAUUGCAACUCCAAAAUGUCCGCAGCUGCUUCCCAAUUUCCACCUCUGACCCAGCGCCCUAUCGCGAAUACCAUCUGCCUUUUUGACGUUGAUGGGACACUUACUCCAGCUAGAAGGACCGUGAGCCCAGAAAUGCUAGCCCUCCUACAAAAGCUCAGGGCAAAGGUAGCUAUCGGAUUCGUUGGUGGAAGUGAUCUUGUGAAGCAGCAGGAGCAGUUGGGUGUUAAUGGAUUGAAUGUAAUCGACAUAUUCGACUAUUGCUUUGCCGAGAAUGGCCUCACCGCGUAUAAGCUCGGAGAAGCCCUGCCUAGUAACAGCUUCAUCACCUGGCUGGGCGAAGAGAAGUAUAAGAAGAUAGCGAACUUUAUCUUGCAUUACAUUGCGGAUUUGGAUAUUCCCCUUAAACGCGGAACAUUCAUUGAAUUCCGCAACGGGAUGAUCAACGUUUCCCCCAUUGGGCGUAAUGCUUCAAUCCAAGAACGCCACGACUUCGAAGCCUACGACAAAAUCCACAAUGUCCGCCGGGAUUUUGUCGAAGCGCUCAAGAUGAACUUUGCAGAUUACGGCCUGACAUACAGCAUUGGUGGGCAAAUAUCUUUCGACGUGUUCCCCACCGGGUGGGAUAAGACCUAUUGCCUCCAGCACGUCGAGAAGGAGGGCGUGUUUUCGCAGAUUCACUUUUUUGGGGAUAAGACUUACAAAGGCGGGAAUGACUAUGAGAUCUAUGAGGACUCAAGAACCAUUGGUCAUUCGGUCACGAAGCCGGAGGAUACUAUAAAGAUGUUGAAGGAGUUGUUUGACUUGUGAAUUUCUUGUUCUCCCCUUUGCAAGACGUAACGGGAGGUCCGAAAAGCAGUUUAUCCUCCGUCCCUCCCAAAGCUCAGAGUGGGAAGACAAACGGAGAGCGGCAGUGAUGGAUGACCCUAAACACCACCGCCGUAGCUACAUAGCAAAAUAUAAGCAUAAUAUAAAAUGUCACAUGAUCAA